GCAACUUCCACAAAGAGCAAGCUACUGAAACAUGCCUCAAUUCCUAUAUAUUUGAAUUAUCAUUUCACUUUUCCACAAUGAACAAAAAGUAGGAAGGAUCAAGUUCUCUGCACAUUAGAACAUCAACAGGUUUUGGAUGCAGGAUCAUUUCUGAUUUCAAUGGCAGAGCUCCACACUGUAAUUGAAUGGAUCUGGAAGAUAUUUGCCCCACUGUUGCUGAGCAUUGGUACUGUUGGUAAUGUACUUUGUAUCUGUAUUUUACAGAGGAAGAGAAUGGCCGUAUUGUCAGCAUCUCUCUACUUCACAGUUCUGGCUGUGGUAGAUACCAUAGCUUUGUACAUGGGACUCACGCGACAUCUGAUCAUCUACAACGGGAACACGGACCCGAGGCUGGAGUCCGAUUUGGCGUGUGCCUUCCAUCUUUUUUUCCUGUACAGCGCCAUCUGUUUGUCAUCCUGGAUCUUGUCAGCUUUAACAGUUGAGAGAUGUAUUUAUGUCCGUCUGCCAUACACAGCCAAAUUCAUUUGUAACAAACGAAAAGCCGCCAUUGUUGUGACAGUUUUAACUUUGCUGAUUUGUGCUAUUUAUUCCCACUUUUUGUGGACAGUCAAAAUAAUGAAUGUACCUAAUAACAGGACAUGUAACAUAAUUGAUGAAAGUUUUCGAAAAUGGAUUUUUCCCUGGCUGGAUUUGAGUCUCUCCACACUGAUUCCUCUGGUUAUUAUUUCUACAAGUAACGGAAUGAUCAUAUCUACACUGGUGAGGUCCAGAUUUCACAACAAAUACAGCAACAAAGCCAAGUCUGGCAACCAUGCUAUAACAUCGAUGACGGCCAUGCUGAUCAGUGUUAGCAUUGGCUACUGCCUCACAAAAAUGCCAAUCGCAAUAUUUCUUAUUUUCGAUCACUCCGUGGAGGAAGGUGAUGUCAAAGACUUGGUGUUUUCAGUUUUGAGUGUUCUAGAAUAUUUUCAUCAUUCUAUUAACUUUUUGUUGUACAUCGUCAGUGGACCAAGAUUUCGCCAUGAAACACGAGCCAUGUUUAGUGUUGUCUGCCAUUUCUGCAGAUCCAAUCAAAUCUAUAGUGUCUCUCAUGCUCUGCAGACAGAGGAGACGGACCAGCUGCCGCCACAACCCAGUAAUGUCCAGCCACCGGAACAGCAGCCAUGA